AUGUUACGUAUUCAUAGCCAGCCCUACAGGCAAACUCUUAACCAUGUUAAAAAUAGUAAUUGCUUAGAUUCAACAUUAUUUUCUAGAAAUCCAGACCGAGAUGAAGACACGAUGUGGACUGCCGACGAAUGUUCCAAAUACUACCUGUGCUUAGAGGACGAGGUGUUUGAAUUCCAGUGCACAAAAGGGCUACUCUUUGAUGUCAACAGACAACUCUGCGAUAUGUACCAGAAUGUUCAUAACUGCGACCUCACUACAGAGACCAUAGUACCCAAGCCUUUGCUAGAUGCUGCAAAGUGCGCAAACGAGACGCAUCUCGGUUGCGCGGACGACACAUGCAUUCUAGCUGAAUACUUCUGCGACGGUGCUAACGAUUGUUCCGAUUCGUCAGAUGAAGGCUGGUGUGAUGUCAAUAACGAUCCAAACGCGGCUCUACCAUGUGACCCAGGGUUAUGCCAGUUACCUAACUGCUUUUGCACGAAACACGGCAACGCUACACCGGGAAACUUGAUUCCUAGUCAGACCCCACAAAUGAUCACUCUAACAUUCGACGGGCCUGUGAACCACGAAAAUUGGGACAUAUACCAGAAGCACAUCCUAACACCGGACCGCAAAAACCCUAAUGGAUGUCCAAUUAAAGCGACUUUCUUCGUGUCCCAUCUCUACACUAAUUAUAGGCACGUCCAGAAGCUAUGGAAUGACGAUCAUGAAAUCGCCGUACAUUCUAUAACACAUCGUGGUCCCGAAGAAUGGUGGUCCAGAAACGCAACAGUUGAGGAUUGGUUCGACGAAAUGGUGGGGCAAGCUAACAUUAUCAAUAGAUUUGGAAGAGUAUGGAUGGAGGAAUUCAGAGGAAUGCGCGUGCCUUACCUAUCCGUAGGUUGGAAUAGGCAGUUCUUAAUGAUGCAAGAGUUUGGUUUCGUCUAUGACGCCACUGUCGUAGCACCAAUGGUCGACCCACCCUUCUGGCCAUACACAUUGGACUACAAAAUGCCUCAUCAAUGUACUGGUAACAACCAAUAUUGUCCAACACGAAGUUACGCUGGGUUAUGGGAGAUGGUGAUAAACCCACUGAAGAACGGAGACCACUCCUGCGCAACCCUCGAAUACUGUCCAUCCACGUUGAGCGGAAACGACGUGUACAACGUCCUAAUGGAUAAUUUCAAGAGACACUACCUCAAGAAUCGGGCACCGUUCGGUAUCCACUUAAAUUCCACGUGGCUAAAGAAUAAUGAUUAUCUUACGGCACUUAAAAAAUUCACGGACGAACUACUAAGACUACCGGACGUGUACUUCGUAACAUACCGUGAAGUCAUCGAUUGGAUGAAACGACCCACUCCAGUAUUGCAACUGAAGAAGUUCCAACCCUGGCAGUGCAAGAACCGACGCUUCCAAGAAUCGGAGAUAGCAUGCAGCAAACCGAGGACAUGCAAACUACCCUCCAAAGUUUUGGAACACGACAAAUACAUGAUCACCUGUGUGGAUUGCCCGAAGAGUUAUCCGUGGAUACGAAACGAAUUUGGUUUUGAGUAG